CGGGUCAGCUUGGCCAUCGGACCCAGUACUCGCAGCUUGUGCUUCCGCCCGGACGCUUUUCCGCAAGACUCGGCGGCGGGAACGGACGCGCCCCCCAUUUGCCGGCCGGUCCCGGGAUGGCCCCCAAACUUGCCAACUCUGUGGAGGGGCUCCGCGCCGCCGGCAACCAGAGCUUCCGCAACGGCCAGUUCGCCGAGGCUGCCACCUUCUACAGCCGCGCGCUGCGAGUGAUGCAGGCGCAAGGUUCUUCGGACCCUGAAGAAGAAAGUGUUCUCUACUCCAACCGAGCAGCGUGCCACUUGAAAGAUGGAAACUGCGGAGACUGCAUCAAAGAUUGCACGUCAGCUCUGGCCUUAGUUCCUUUCGGCAUAAAGCCCUUGCUGCGGCGAGCAUCGGCCUACGAGGCUCUGGAGAAGUAUCCCCAGGCCUACGUCGACUACAAGACCGCGCUGCAGGUUGAUGGCAGUGUGACGUCAGCCGUGGAAGGCCUCAACAGGAUGACCAGAGCGCUUAUGGACUCACUUGGGCCUGAGUGGCGCCUGAAGCUGCCCUCCAUCCCCUUGGUACCUGUUUCAGCUCAGAAGAGGUGGAAUUCCUUGCCUCCAGAAAACCACAAGGAGACAGCUAAAAGCAAAUCCAAAGAAACCAGAAGUACGAAGAGCAAAGUGCCUUCUGCUGAGGAUGUGGAGAGAGCCAGAGUUCUGAAGGAAGAAGGCAAUGAGCUUGUAAAGAAGGGAAACCAUAAGAAAGCUAUUGAGAAGUACAGUGAAAGCCUCUCGUUUAGUAACCUGGAAUCCGCCACGUACAGCAACAGGGCGCUCUGCUAUUUGGUCCUGAAGCAGUACAAGGAAGCAGUGAAGGAUUGCACAGAAGCCCUCAAGCUGGAUGGAAAAAACGUGAAGGCAUUUUACAGACGGGCUCAAGCCUACAAGGCAUUAAAGGACUAUAAAUCCAGCUUUGCAGACAUCAACAGCCUCCUGCAAAUUGAGCCCAGGAACGGUCCUGCACAGAAGUUGCAGCAGGAAGUUAACCAGAACUUAAACUAAAACUCCCAAAGAGCAGCAGGAAACCUCUGUCCGACGACCUUCCUCUGUGCCUGCUCCUGACACCCAGAAUGCCCCAGACUGAGCUCUGAGGCUCCACCUCUGCCCCUCAGAGAUGAUGGCCUUCCACCCCUUACAAGGCUUGUGUUUGUUCAAAUGAAGCUCAGUGUAGCCAAAAACCAGACAUUGUUUUGCUGGAAAGGUUUCCUGCUAGAGCUGAAGCCCUGUUCUCCAUUGCCCCUGCCUCGGACGGCUAGCGGAUCGCAGAGUGCCUGUCAGCAGAGCACUCGGCUGGCUGCUCCUGCCCACGCAUGCUCCAGACUGCAUGCUGCCCCUCAGACUUCACCAGACCCCUCACUGGUUCAUUGCAAAGUGAGCUGGGAGUAGGGAAAGGGGGGCCACAGGACUAGAAAACCGUGGCCCACCGCCACCCAAAGCAGCCUGUUGAGCUGGCUCUCAGGGCUGCCGUCCCUGUGCUGUCCUUGGCAUUGUCCUGUGUUCUGAGCUGCAGCCCUUUUGGCCAGGCCCCCCUUGGGUGAGGGUGCAGAACCCUGACCCUUGGGCUUAGGUGCCUAAGCUGUUUCGAGAGCCCAGAGGUGUGGCCGCUUGUCCUGAAGGUGGGUGGGGUAGGCGAGGUCUCCUUGGAGUCUCCUUCAUUCUGGGCAGGGGCUUGUCUUUCGGCCCCGACAGUGGUCCCCUCCGGACUUCUUGGCUCAUUGUUAUACGAAGUUAAUUUGAACCGAACUGAUUCCGAUUUUGUUGAGCUGUUUAAGUGAUUGUAUUAAACGUCUUUCUUCUGUAUAAAUAUCUGUUGUACUUGAUGCUUUUUCAGCUUUGUAUUUGGAAUUUUGCAGCAACAAAGGCUACCGCUUAUUGAGCAUUCAUCUAUUGACCAAACAAAUUUACCAACA